AUGUCUGACCGUCUCACACAGCUACAGAUCUGUCUAGACCAGCUUGUGGCGCAGUUCAAUGCCACCGUGAACUACGUCAACACGCAGGGAGAUUUGGCUCCACUCGAUGAAGACAAGACCUCAGUGAUCAACUUGGCUGCUAAUGCCCCACUUCCAGGAACAAAGAAGGAGGCGGCCACAGAACAGGCUAGUCAGGCUGCAAACUCUGAAGCAAGCGGCGCAACGUCGCGUCCAAAGCCAUCGUUCGACAGCGUCAUCAAUGAAUUGUCCACAGACAUCAUACUCAAGUCACGUCAAAUAAGCAUGCUUAUAGACUCGCUACCGGGUAUCGGCACGCUUCCAGAGACGCAGCUCAAGAUCAUCGGAGAUCUAGUGGAUGAGCUAGAUGAGGUUGAAAAAGAACGUGAGGCCAAGAUCAAGGAGAAGGAUGAAUUGCUCAAGUGGUGUGAGGAGCUCAUAGUGGAUGUCUCACACGGCAUCUUCAAAACAAGAACGUGA